CAACAACAAAAGCAGACAAAUAUUAUUAGCUACUACUACGAGUAGCCUGUAGGUAUUGUUGUUCAUAUUAAUCUUGAUGGUGUGAUGUUGAGUGGCUCUUUUUCUUUCUCAGUGGCAACUCAUGGACUCUUUAAUCCACAUAAGCUCAUGAUGCUCCUUUAAAUCCAUCCAAUCUGUUGGGUGUCUGUACUUAACAGCCCCACUCAACCAAUCUGGGUCAGUAGAUGUUACAGUAAAGCACAGUUCCUGUCUGUGCAGAGCAAGAAUUGGAACUUUUAAAAAUCACAUUGUUUAAACUGGAGACUUUUGUCCGAUCCUGACUCAGCUGACAUCCUCAUUAUGGAGGGUUGAGGUGGAAUGAAACGUAACUGGACAAUAGCUCGAAGAAGCAAUAAGGUCUGAAGAUUUCACUGAGAAAAUGGAACUCCAAAACCAACUGCAGGGCGACUGGAGCCGGUACUUUUGUAAUCGGCCAGUGGAGUUUGAUGAAAAUGCAAACCAUCAUCUUCUCUCCAGUAAGCUGGAAAGCAGCUCUGUGAGGCUGGAGGGCAAUUCAGAUCCGUACUGCAGCAUCUGGGGGGACGACGAGCAAGCAAGAGUCAAGAGCUGUAACAAUCGGUCAUUUGCCAUGGACGCUAGAAUAAGACUAGAUCAUUUGAAGUCAGCGUGUAAUUCCCCCUUGCCUCGCCGUGCCACGGAUGGGAUAUUGUACAACUUUAACUGUCCAAAAGACAACUGGGACAGCGAUGGGUCACAGGAGGAAGAGUCCGCUUUGGAUUCAGUAGAGCUCCUUGAUGUUGAGGAUGAUGUGCAGGAUGAAGAGAGCUGGUUGUAUGAGUCUCCAAAGAAGCAGGCGUUUGUAGAGAGAAGUGAGUCUGCUCUCAGAUGGUGUCGACACGUCCUGGAUAACCCCAGUCCUGAGAUGGAGGCGGCGUGUCGUUCACUGAUGAAUAGGCUGGAUCAAAGAUCAAGCAGUCACUUCUACAGACGUCCUGCAGUUUUCCAUCAUAGUGUGAGCUCCUCUAUGAACAAAACAUCUGUCAGCACCACACACAAUAAUGUCUCUGAUGGUUCAGAUGAUGAGCUGAGCCUCCCCCAUGACUCCAUAACCACAAGCUACAAACUGCAGGACAUGACAGAUGUCCACAUUAUGGCUCGCAUACAGGAAGCCAGUUUGAGACAGGACUAUGUUUCCACACCUGCUGGGAGAAGCCCCGAGUCACUGUUGAUGUUUCCGUCUUAUUUUAACACCACUGGUGAAAAUAUCAAUGACUUCACUCCAGGAAAUAAAACUACGCCUUCGUCUUCCUCCUGUUGGCAGUCCGGUCUGUCAUCACUGAGCUCUUCCCCUCACCGCUCACCAACAUCAGUAGCAAGGCAGGGCUGCCAAAGUCCAACACUGGCUAGGCUUCACCAGCAGGUCGCCCAGCUCAAGCUGCUGAAACGGGCUCAGAAACAAGCAUCACCGGGCAGGACCAGGUCACCUCUGCGGACCAGCCUCCGCUCCCUCCAGGCUGUGAGGAACAGCAGAAGUUUAGACAUCGACAACGAUGAUAACAACUACCAGUCUGCUGAACAAAUCCCUGCUUACCCACCAUCAGGUGCAUCAUCUAGGUCAAGUUGCUGGUCUCCGUCACUCUCCGCAGCACACAUGAACUCCAACAGCUCGUUGCACUCAGUGAGAAACUCCUCAGACCAGACGGCGGCUGUGAAGAGACUGCUGAGGUCUCAGUCUCUCAGCCCCUGCAGGAUCCCUCACCCUGCUAAGGGAUACUUGUCUCUUCAUGGACGUGUUUUUGCCUCACCUGAAAGGUCGACCACAGUGGCUUGGGGCAGAAAUGUGUCAUCCACACAAAGAUAGAAAUAUUAUGUCAACCUAGAAUCAAAACAUUAGAACAUUACUAUCUCUUACCAUGUAUUAAUGUGCUUGUAGGGGCUGCUUGCAUAAUCAUAACAGUAGGAAUUAAUGUUCUACUGCUGUACUGUGUCUGCCUGAAGUUUCCAUCAGAUGGGAUCUAAAUCAUCUUCGUCUGGUGUGUGGAAUUCAAAGUUUAUCAAUGUGGGUCAUAAAGUUCGUGACGUACAUUUCAGUGCUGGUUUGAAUGUGGAAGUGAAGUGCGGCUGAAUGAGUAGGCUGUUUUCUGCAGAAUUGUUGCAACAGGAAGUGUGCAGCUUACAAUCAUGUAAGAACAACUAAACAGGUGACCUUUGCACAAUAUGAAAUGUGUGUGUUACCAGGAAAUAGACUGAGGUGUGGUGUUGGUGCAGUUUCUUCCUGAAACGUAUUGUCAUUCACUACUUUGAUUGUUCAACUGUUUCUCACACCCUGAGGUGAUUAUUUAAGCUUUUACACGUUUCUAUGUAACGCAGCUCUAGUAGACGUUAUGACUUCUCUCAGGGAAGGUACAUUUCUUUAACUGUGUUCCAGCAUGUCGCCUGACAUGUUUACACUGCUGUAGCUUUGAGUCACAGCAAAUCCAUCAAAAGUCUGUUUUGUUCGUCUCUCUUUGAUCUCCUGUUUGCUCUUUGCUGCUGAAUGAGACCCAUUAAAUGCUCUACAUGCAGCACAAAUGAAAUGAUUUAAAAAAAUAAAGUGACCGUACAGAUGUUUAUCAAUGUGUAGCAAUCAGAGUGAGAUAUACCAGUUCAGAUGAUACAUGUGACAAAAACAUUCUUUAACAAAAAAAUACUAAAAUUUAAUGAGUUCAGAUGCAUUUAUAUAUUUGUGGCCGUCCAGUUUGGUGUUAGAGUACUCUCUACUGUCAGUAAGGUUUUUGAUCAUGUUUUAUAUGUAGUUUUAAUUAUGAAUUUAUCAAGUGACGGCAGCUGUGGUGGUCUGAUUGAACUCUAGACAAAAUGUUCUGCAUAAAACAUACCACUAUUUAUAACUGAGGAAAAUGCUAUAGAAAAUAAAUAUCUACAAAACUGUCUUUCUCUAUGCUGAAUACUGCUGAUUUUGUCUUACACUUAGAAAACUGUUUGCUAUAUAUGAAAGGGAUGAAAUACUUAUCUUAGCAGGGGUGUAGGUUUUCCUUCAAUUCUGGGGGGACACAUGAAACAGGAGGUUUAGGGGUCUUACGCCAGAAAAGUUUGAGCGUCAAACACUUAAUUUCCUGCAUAUUGGUCAAUUUGAAUAUUUUCUGCAUCAGUUCAUGCUGUAAAUGUCUUUAAUUUUGUCAAAAUAAAAGUCCUCUGCUAAUUUUAUGUUUUUAUUAAGGGAGACAAAUCCACAUGUUCUAAAUAUUGAGAGGGCAACCCCACCUGUGUACCCCCAAAAUCUAUGUCUUUGCACUUGUGUACGUAAUAAUAUUUUCUGACAUUUCUGUGUCCUAGUGAGAAAAUGACCUGGCAACUAUUUUGAUAGCAAGUGAAUUGUUUAAGCUUUUGUGUGUUUAAACUUAA